UCAGCAAAAUGGAGUGUCUUAAUAUUUGCGCUUGAAAAAGUAACUGCACCGGAGUCUUUUUUCAGUCAGCCAACCAACACUGCAUACUUUGUUCGGCCAGGUACUUGACACAGCAAAACUCGAACAUGUCUGCAAAUUAUACAUUCUAUGGAGCCAAUUCAACAGUGACUGUUUAUUGGCUAGUGAAACAGUUACUGACAAGGAGCAGCGCCCAGGAAAACUGCGAAAACUUCGGCGCGCAGUUAGUAUCAAUUAAGACGUCUGCUGAAAAUAAUUAUCUGAUGCAGUUUGUUCUUGCUGACUGUGAUCAAGUCAUAUGGACAGGUGGUGUCGGGCUUGGUGGACGAGAAAGCACGUUUAAAUGGGCAGAUGGAUCACUGAUUGGAAGCGGAUUUACAAACUGGAGGUGGGGACAACCGUAUCCGGUCAAUAAUGAUGAUGCUUGCCUGAGCUUGAUUCCUAAUUGGAACUUCCGAUGGAACGAUGGAGCUUGCACCGUCGAGCAUUACAGCAUUUGUAGUUUUAAUUAAAUCUAAAGUAAAUAUUCAGUUUUACUUCUGAGAAAUAUUGUAGUGUUAGCUAUCUGAUUUUAAGCAAUACUUUGUCUCGAUUACGAUUUUAUGUAAUCUUUAUUUUGAAUUAUUAUCUUUCCUACGUAUUACACUGGACCGUACGGCAUAGUGUUGACAUAAGUGAAAUAUUAUUAAACCUCAUCCUCAUUUCACUCAUGUAAGUUAUUAUGUCGUCAUUCUAUGAAUGAGUUGCAUACUGUAGUGUAUGACGUUAUUACGCUGAAUGAACAUGGACCUUGGUGCCAUUGAUUAUCUAUUUUUUGAAAGAAGUAGAGGUAAACAAGAACAGCCAUUUUUAUUGACAGUUUAACACAGGUUACUUUCUUCUUUGUGUGCAGUGACAAGAUUAUAGCAGUGUCGAUGCUAUUUUAUAUUACAUUCUUUGAUUAAAAUGUUUAUAAAUGAUAAGAAGAAACUAUUUUGCUUUUUUAUAUUGACUUUAAAAAGCAUACAAUAUAAUUGACAGGAACUGGCUGCCUAUGGUAUAAAUUGAUAAAAUGUGGUAUUGAAGCAAAAUUGUUUUCUGUAAUAUAUUUAAUGUAUAAAGUUGUUAAAUUGUGUGUGGAACAUGUAACUUACGUUGUCUUAAUUUUUCAGUAGCGAAAUGGAUCUCUUUCAAGAUGAGAUAACUUCACCUAUUAUGUUCAGUCCCUUUUUGAAUGAUUUAGAAAAUAUGCUGCAAGAAAAUUAAGAUGAUGGUAUAACAUUAGAUCAGAUAUCGAUUUAUUUGCUAUUAUUUGCAGAUGACGCCGUUAUCUGUUCUGAAUCUGCUCAAGGUUUACAAAAUGCCUUAAAUAGUUUAGAAAAAUAUUGUAACAAAUGGCAUCUUUACUGUUAAUGUAGAUAAGACUCAGAGUGUUGUGUUUAGAAAAGCUGGAGUUUUGAAUAAAAGUUAUAAGUGGACAGAUGGGGGGGGGGUUAAAUCUAGAUAGAGAUUGUAAAAACGUUUAAUUACCUAGGUAUUGUUUUGCGUUCAUACCAGCGACCAACACACUACAAGGUAAAGCACUACGGGCUAUGAGCUCAUUAUUAAAUGUAACAAGAGAUAAGCAGGUUCCUAUUGAUAGUAUGUUCUACUUGUUUGAUGCAUAUGUUCUACCGAUUCUAAAUUAUAGUUGUGAGGUAUGGGGUAGCAUGCCAUCGGAAAAUUUUGAAAUUAUGCAUAGGAAAUUCUGUAAAUGGAUGCUCAAUGUGAAAAUGUCAACAAAAACUCUUUUAUUGUUUGCAAUUGUAUAUCAAAUUAUAUUUUUAAUUGUCGGAGAUUGGAGAUAGAGUUAAAAAAAACUAAUACUGUAAAUUGGUUGCCUAAAGUCAUGUGCGGGAUUAAAUGAUGUGUGGAUGUAUCCAGAAUCAUUUCAGCUUUAUAUAUUUAUACAAGUCCUACAUGGUCGUUUAACCCUUUCCC